UAUAGGCCUAUCGCUAUAUGACUUGGACGCUCAGUGUGUGACAAGUAUAGGCUAACUUUUGUUGGAUACACGGUGCUACCAGACAACCUUGUCGACAAUGCGGUUUCUCCCCUACAUCUCCCUCGCCGCCUCGUUGUGCUGUUUGGUGGCAGCACCGGCUCCAGCUGGAGAGAGAGAGGUAAUAGGCAAAGCGACCCCUAAACGCGUAGUCAAACCAACAAAACCCCUGCUUGGAAAGUUAAACAGCAAAACCGGUGCAGUUGGUGUUGGGGGAGUCAAAGCAGCUGGGAAAGCAGCGAUAAAGAAGCCAGGGAAGAAGCCAAAAGUUCUUAAUGAGGAACCAGUUGAUAAAACUAGGAUUCUGGACGACUUGGAACAAUAUGAACCGCCGUUGAAAGCGCACGUUGACUUGUUGGAUCACAGGAAGACUAAGAAAGAUUUACCGCUGCUUGAAGACUACAAGAACCCGUGCUGGUGGCAGAUGGGGAAGUUCCUUUGUCUGCCUUAUUUCUACAUCAUCGGGUUUAGGAAAUGUGCCACUACGGACCUGUUUGCCCGCCUCAACAUGCAUCCACAUGUCGUCCAGCCUUGGAGGAAGGAAACAUACUGGAUUUCGUACAGAAAGAAAAGACUUCCUCCAUCCGACUUUGCUGACCUCUACGGCACCACGAUAUUCUCGAAAGCAGCGAACAACCCCGACAAGAUAAUCAUGGGUGAUGGGGAUCCGAAUGUGGCAUGGUUCUUCCUUGAUUCCCCGCCCAAAUCCAUAGUCCUGCCUGCCUACCUGAUCCAUCGCUACACGCCUGCCGCCAGGAUGAUCGUCAUGAUGCGACAGCCUGCAAGCAGGUUGUACUCGGAUUACCUCUACCUCCAACAUCCGGACAGGUCCCCGCAACAUUUCCACGAAAACGCCCUUGCGACGAUGGAGAGAUACACGGAGUGCUUCAAAGAGGAUACGGUCAGAAACUGCGUAUACAACCGAAAGCUGUUUCAAUUGGAUAACAAGUCUAUGAUCCAUUUAAGCCACAGCAUGUACAGCAUCUACGUAGCAGAGUGGUUAAAGGUGUUCCCUCGUGAACAGUUCCUGUUCACGCGCACUGAAGAUUUCGGUGUGAAGAUGGGCGAGGAACUGAAAAAGACCUUCAAGUUCCUUGAUUUACAUGCGUUUGAGGAAAACGAGAUGGGUAUCCUUACCAACAUGUCAAAGGCCAACCAGAACGCCAAAUCAGAUGUUGGAAAAAUAAUGCCAGAGACUGAGGCGGCUUUGAAUGAAUUCUUCCAACCAUUCAAUGAGGCUUUGGCUGAUAUUACUGGCGAUAAGAAAUUCUAUUGGGAUGAUCUUGAACCGCGAGAGUAAAUUCAUUUAGAGAACAAUUUUGGCGAAUAGUUU